AUGAAGCUGCUUUACCCUUCUAAUAUUUACCAAGAAUCUUGGUUAUUGCUGACUAUAACAAUAUUAUUAGGUAAAUAUUAAUUAAUAAAAAUUAUAAAGUGAGAUAUAAAAAGUGAAAGUAUAAAAAUUAAUUUAAAAAAAGAAUCAUGUUAUUUUAGACAUACGUACUUCAAUAUCAGACUACGAAUAUCUUUUCUUUGCAGGUUUAUAUCCUAUCAAAUUUUUCAAAAGUACGUUGCUGAAUUAUAUAUAUGUAUUUAUAUUAAUAGUGCUUUAUUGGUUUUGUUAUGGCGUAAUAAGGCAUUAUGUAGCUGCCUUGUUUUAUAAAUUUCGAGAUAUAAAUCAUACAUUUCUUAUCAGAUAUCUCCGAAUUCAAAUAAAUUUCUUUCUGUGUCCUAUGAUAAUAAUUUCAAGCAUGCGCCAGUGUUUAAAACUAAAAGAAAUAUUCAAACAAUUAGAUAUCGUUGAUAAAAAUGCAAAGUUCUUGAAUAUAGAGAUCGAUCACACAUUUUCUAUGAAGAAUGAUAUCGCCAGAAUAAUUACUACGAUAUUUAUAGUAUUAACAUGCAAUUUAAUAGAUUAUUAUGGAUUAUUAGACAACGAUUCAGAUCUUCAAUAUCUUUUAAUGUGGAUAUUGGAUCGACUACCUGACUUUAUUUGUGUAAUAGUAAUAUGUUCUUUUACCAUAUUUAUGAAUAAAAUCGAAAUUAGAUUUAGACAAAUAAAUACGAUAUUAAAUGUUAUUACGAAAGGAAAACAUUUCAUUUCCAUUUCUGAGAUGCAUGAUAUGAACAACGUUUCUAGAUACAGAUUAUUAAAAUGGCUUCGAUUUGAAUUACGUAAAACAGUGUCACUCUUAAUUGAAGCAUAUACUUUUCGGUUCAAUCUCUUGACAGUAAUAUAUAUUGCAUAUAUAUGUCUACACAUAUGUAUCCUCUAUAAUCAUACCGUUGACAAUUUUUAUUUAGUUGAUAUAAUAUUAAGUUUUAUAUGGGGUAUCGUUGAUUUAAUCAAACUUGUCUACUUAAUUUAUUCAUAUCGCAGUUUGACAAUAGAGCAACAACAGUCACAACAAGAACACUCUCAACAGUCUAGUUACUUUCCUGGUCCUUCAUCUCCAUAUGGAGAAGUAAAUUCUAAUGUUCCACCAAAUAUGUUAAAAAGACCACCAAUGAAUUCCCAAUUAUAUACUACUCAGAAAACAAUGCAAGGUCCUUCCCUUACUAAUUUACAUCAGACUCAAGUACCAUAUUAUGUAAAUAAUAUACAAACACAAGGAAAUACUCAGUAUGAAUUACCUACAAAUAAUCCACAUAUACAACUCCCAACAAGUCAAAAUAAUGUAGUUAAUCAAAUGUCAAAUAUGUCUUUGGGAGAUCAACAGAGACCACCAUCUGUGGUUCUGCUGGGCAGACUGAUCCUGGUGGAAAAUCUGGAUCAGCUAUUCUUGGACAAAAUCUACAAGAGCAAAAGGCCACUUUAAAAACUUCAACCCCACAGCUUAUUGGUCUUCCAUUCUCAGGACAUUCUACAGGAACCACUUCCAGCCAUUAUUACGCUGGGCAAACUUUGUCGUCUGAACAAACAUUCAAUGCAGGAUUAUCUUCAAGUCAACAUCAACCUGGGCAAAUGAAUGUUACUGAUACGUCUGAACAAUCGAAUUUUUCCAAGUCACCAAUGGGACAAAGAUCUGCAGCACCAUUACAGGGACAACAAAAUGUAUCAAAUUCAUCAUUACCUGAACAACAAAAUCUCUCUAACCCAGUAAUGCCGGGUCAAACAAAUUUAUCAGGGCCUCCAUUAUCAAAUCAACAAACAUAUAACAGUAUGAUUAUGCAAGGAGCACAUGGACAACAAAAUUUAAUAGGACUGUCAAAACAGAAUUUGUCAAAUCCAUUAUUACAAACUCAACAAACUUUGUCUGGUCCUCCUCUUACUACACCACCUUUACCAGCAGGACAUUAUUCUUCAUUACAAGGACAAAAAUCUGGUCAUUCUUUUCUAGAACCGCAAAAUAUGUCCACUUCUAAUUUAUCUGGACCUCCAUUAAUGAAUCAACAAAACAUACAUCCAUCUUCAGUAGCAAGUCAACAGAGUGGUGCUCCACCUUUAUUAACAAAUCAACAGAAUUUUGACAGGCCACCAUUAUUAGGACAACAAACUGUAACUAAUUCGCAAAUGCCACCUUCAUUACCUUCUCAAUCAAUAGGACAAAUGAUAAAUUCUGGUACAAAUUUACUACAAACUGGUCAAAGACCAUACACGUCUGGACCACCAGUGCCAGGACAACAUAUGGGAAAUCCAUUAGGAAUUAGUCGUAGUCCAUCCAGUGCAAUGCCAAACUAUCAACAUACAGGAUAUCAGGGCUAUAAUAACGAUAUGUAUAAUGUUCAAAGAGGUUCAUAUCCAACUGUUCCACCUGGUGUAACGAGCGGAUAUCAGCCUGGUAUGCAACAAGCUAGACGUUUGGAUCCUGAACAGAUGCCAAGCCCAAUCCAAGUAAUUCAAGAUGAUCAGCGCGCAAGAAGUGGUGUAUUUAUAACCAAUCAAAAAGGAUUGGUUCCUCCACUAAUAACUACCAAAUUCAUAACGCAAGAUCAAGGAAAUGCAUCUCCUAGAUAUAUCAGAUCUACUAUGUACACUGUUCCUACCACAGCAGAUAUUAUAAAACAAACGAAUGUUCCAUUUGGUCUAAUAGUAAGUCCAAUGUCUCGUAUAGCGAAAGGAGAAUACGAACCACCUAUUGUAGAUAUGGGUGAAAUUGGUCCAGUGCGUUGUGUGAGAUGUAAAGCAUAUAUGAGCCCAUUUAUGCAAUUUAUUGAUGCAGGCAGAAGAUUCCAGUGCAUGUUUUGUAAAGCAACAACUGAGGUUCCAGCAGAGUAUUUCCAACAUUUGGAUCAUACUGGUCAACGUAUGGAUCGUUAUGAAAGACCAGAAUUAAUGUUAGGAACAUAUGAAUAUAUUGCUACUAAAGAUUACUGCAGAAACAAUACUUUUCCAAAACCACCAGCCAUUGUGUUCGUGAUCGAUGUAUCAUACAACACAGUCAAAUCUGGUUUAGUUAAUUUACUAUGUAUGCAAAUGAAGUCAAUCUUGCGGCAUUUACCUGUUGAUGCUGGUCAAUCAAAAACAAGUAUGAAAGUAGGAUUUAUAACAUACAAUAAUACGGUGCAUUUUUACAAUAUUAAUUCUUGCCUUGCUCAACCACAAAUGAUGGUUGUGGGAGACGUACAGGAUGUUUUUAUGCCACUUCUUGAUGGAUUUUUAUGCGAUGUUGAGGAGAGCGAGUCUGUUAUUGACGGUUUAAUGACCCAAAUACCAGCAAUGUUUGCAGAUACACGUGAAACAGAAACAAUUCUUGCACCAGCCAUUCAAGCUGGAUUAGAAGCAUUAAAGGCUUCAGAUUGCGCUGGAAAAUUAAUGGUUUUCCACUCUUCUUUGCCCAUUGCUGAUGCACCUGGUAAACUGAAAAAUCGUGACGACCGUAAAAUUCUUGGAACAGAAAAAGAAAAAACUGUAUUGGCGCCGCAAAAUAACGUUUACAAUAAUCUAGGUCAAGAUUGUGUAGGUGUGGGAUGUUCUGUAGAUUUGUUUGUUUUCAAUAAUUCAUACGUGGACCUUGCGACAAUAGGACAAAUUGCUAGAUUAACUGGCGGAGAGAUUUAUAAAUAUACUUAUUUUCAGGCUGAUAUAGAUGGUGAUCGCUUAAUUUCGGAUGUGAUUAAUAACAUUAGUAGACCAAUUGCAUUUGAUGCCAUUAUGCGCGUACGCACGUCUACUGGUGUUCGCGCAACUGAUUUUUAUGGUCACUUCUUUAUGUCAAAUACUACAGAUAUGGAAUUAGCUAGCAUAGAUUGUAAUAAGGCUAUUGCCAUAGAAGUAAAACAUGAUGAUAAACUAACGGAUGAUGAAGGUGUAUAUAUUCAAGCAGCUUUGUUGUACACUUCCUGCAGCGGAAUCAGAAGAUUACGUAUUAUCAACCUUAGUUUGAAAACGUCGCCUCAAAUGGCUGAAUUAUAUCGGGCUUGUGACCUAGAUGCUAUUAUAAAUUACUUCUCUAAACAAAGUGUGUUUAAACUAAUUGAAUCAACUCCAAAAACUGUGAAAGAUAAUUUAAUUUCAAGAUGUGCAAAUAUAUUAGCUGCAUAUCGGAAACAUUGUGCUUCUCCAUCAAAUGCUGGUCAAUUAAUAUUGCCAGAAUGUAUGAAAUUGCUCCCACUUUACAUUAACUCGUUACUGAAAAGUGAUGCAUUAUCUGGAGGUGCUGAUAUGACCAUUGACGAUAGAUCUUACGUCAUGCAAGCAGUUGCAACUAUGCCAAUUUCUAUAUCAGUUGUUUUUGUUUAUCCAAGAUUACUUCCUUUACACGAUAUUGACCCUCAAGAUACAGAGUUACCACAAAUGUUACGCUGCUCUAUUGAUAAAUUCACCGAUGAUGGCGCGUACUUACUCGAAAAUAGUAUCCAUAUGUUCCUGUGGUUAGGUCUGGCACUUUCUCCACAAUGGGUACAGGCAGUAUUCGGUGUCCCAUCAGUAGUUCAAGUUGACACAGACUGUACUGCACUGCCAGUAUUAGAUACUCCAUUAAAUAAACGAAUUAUUGAUAUCAUUAAUCGUCUACGUAUGGAAAGGCAUCGUUGUAUGAGAUUAACUAUAGUGAGGCAACGUGAGAAACUAGAAAUGGUAUUGCGCCAUUUUUUGAUUGAGGACAGAGAAAACGACGGAAAUCCAAGUUACAUUGAUUUCCUUUGCCAUAUGCACAAAGAAAUAAGAACACUUCUUAGCCAAUAAAAUAAAUCUUAAAGAGCAAUCAGUUACUUUAUGUUGGAAUCCUAGCUUGCUACAUGUUUGUGACUAUUGUCAUGUUAUGUCCAGGAUCAGUUAGAUUAUUAAAAUGAAAUUCAUUCAAAGCUCAAUGGGGAUCAUAGGUUUUGCGUGCAUUUAUACGCACUAUGAUUUAAAAAAAAAAUGUGAAACAAAACUAACAUAUAUUUGUAACAUGAUACCUAUAAAAAGGCAAUGAAAUCUUUAGAAAAUAACUAUAAAAUAAUCAUUCCGCGAGAAAGAAUGGUGUAGUUAACACUAUGUUGAAACAUCUGGGUGCACUCAUACAGUGAUUUAUACAUGAACUGUAAACGUAAACUUGUAUUACUAUUACAUUUUAUUUUAACUAGCUCAUUAAUGUUAUUAUUAUGUCAAAUUAAAUAAUAAAAAUGUAUUAAAUCAUUAUAAAUUUAUAUAUUAAAACAAUAUCUUGUAUUAAUUGAAUAGUACCGCAUCGAAAGCUACGAAUAUGUUAAUAUUAUUUUAAUAUAUUAUAUUUUAUAAUUACAAGAAUAUUUUAUAUCUGAAAGUGCAUGUAAAACAAUUAUAUAAUAUCAUUUUUUAUUAUAUUUUAAUUUUCACUUUAAAUAUACCGCUGUUGUGAGUUAUGACUAAUAAAUAUGUGCAUUAUUAAUGCAUUUCGUUAAAUCAUUGACUAAGGAUAAAAUAGACCUGACAUUUAAUAUGUGCAUUAAUGCAUUUUGUGUUUUACGUUUUGGUAGUCGCUUAAUUUUCACACUAUUUUCACGUCACAUGCAAUGUUAUCGAUUUAUAUUCGAAAAUAUAACAAUUUAAAAAUGAUUUGAAUUAAAAAUAAAUUUAUAAUCAUAAAGUAUAGAAUUUUAUAUCGCAAUUGCUAUUAUAAUACAACUGAUUAUAUUUUUAGUAUUUUUGAAUUUUAAUUUUAAUGCG